UCGUCGGCGGGAGGUCACGUGACUCGCGACGUCCCGUGAUCCAGGUGCGGCCGCGGGUGGACGGAGUCAGACAGACGGACAGACAGACAGAGAGACAGACAGAGACAGACAGAGACAGACAGACAGUGAUUUUUUUUCAUAACAAUGCGGUUGGUUAUUCUUGACAACUAUGACAAGGCCAGUGAAUGGGCAGCAAGUUACAUCUGCAAUUCCAUUGUUCGAUUCAAGCCAGGCCCAGAUCGAUACUUUACGCUGGGUUUGCCCACAGGGAGCACACCUUCUGGAUGUUAUGGAAAGCUGAUUGAAUAUUAUAAAAAAGGCUAUCUCUCGUUUAAAUAUGUGAAGACAUUUAACAUGGAUGAAUAUGUUGCACUUCCAAGAGAUCAUCCAGAAAGUUACCAUUCGUAUAUGUGGAAUACCUUUUUUAAACACAUUGACAUAGAUCCAAAUAAUGCUCAUAUUCUUGAUGGUAAUGCACCAGAUCUGCAGGCAGAGUGUGAUGUAUUUGAGAAGAAGAUUGCUGAUGCUGGAGGGAUUCAGCUCUUUGUCGGAGGCAUUGGUCCUGAUGGACAUAUCGCUUUCAAUGAACCUGGAUCCAGCUUAGUGUCAAGAACAAGGGUGAAAACAUUAGCAAAAGAAACCAUUCUUGCUAAUGCCCGAUUCUUUGAUGGCGAUCUGAAAAAAGUGCCGAACAUGGCAUUAACUGUUGGUGUUGGAACAGUGAUGGAUGCUAAAGAGGUAAUGAUUCUCAUCACAGGAGCGCACAAAGCAUUUGCAUUGUACAAGGCCAUAGAAGAGGGAGUCAAUCAUAUGUGGACAGUUUCUGCAUUCCAGCAACAUCCACGUACAACCUUUGUUUGUGAUGAAGAUGCUACUUUGGAGCUUAAAGUUAAAACUGUGAAAUAUUUCCAAGGUUUAAUGCAUGUGCACAAUAAACUUGUGGAACCAUUGCACAGUAUGAAAAGUUACAGCGACUGAAGAAACUAAAAUGAGAAAACUUCCCAUCAUGUUCAGCUGACCAGAACUUGAAAAGGGCAUUGCUAAAUUGAGUCCUAUGCAACUUUUUUAUUGACAAACUCAUGUUAAUUAAGCAAAAUGAUUGUGCUGGAGUAACUUUGAAAUUCCUUUUGCAUAUUCAGUAUUCUUUUACCUAUUUUUUUUGUACUCUGAUCAAUAACCAUGAAUAUUUAGUUGUUUAUAACAAAGUCUUACAAAGAAUGUAGAAGGGGAAAAAUAAAUGGAUCAUGGGAAUCAUCUGCAGGCAGUCUCCAGGUUCCUUCUUCUCUGAACCACUUUCCCCGUAUAAGGAGAUCCAGCACUCUUGCUUUCAGUUGCUUUCCAAUCGUUUUGCAAUGUUUUUGAGGGUGAUUAUACUAAACGUGUUGAUGCAUCUACCAAUGACCUGGAGUAUAUAUGGUGGGUGUUGCUUCCUGUUGCAAUAUUCAUCUGCCUGCACUAGUUUGCAUUUCUACAACUUUCCUAUCUUGAUUUUUUUUAAUGUUUGGGAAAAUUUACGCAAGUCGGAUUUCCGUAAGUCAGGUAACCCAGGCAACCAUUGUACUUGCGAGAUAAUGGCCAUUCCAAAACAUAAUUUAAAUAAACAUUCCAAAUUGGUGGUGAUCUCUCUUACCUCAGCUUGUUUUCUCACAUUCAGUAACUUGGGACACAUACACAUUGAAAGACCAUUUUGCUGAAAUAUUUACUGGAGGUUUUGUUUAUUCAAGGUUCCUUGGCAUCUUUAGAAAUAUUCAGUUACUUGCAUCUACUACAUGAACUUUAGAAGUGAUAUUAUCAAAUUUAUAACGCGCACCAAUUGUUUUGUUUCACAAUCUAAGCAACCCAAGGAACAAAUGCAGUUUGUUUUUUGUUACUGCCUCCUUCACCUAUUACAAUGUGGCACACUGCAAUUGUUGGAGUAUAUUGAAAUUAAUAAUGACAUGAAAAGUUACAAAUUUAAGAUUUAGCUAAGUGACUCAACAUCUAUUUUACAAGCCAGAUGAAGAAACUUCAAACUGCAGAUGCUGGUUUACAAAAAAGACAGUGCAGGAGUAAAUCAUCGGAUCAGGCAACGGCUCUGGAGAACAUGGAUAGGUGAUGUUUUGGAUCGGUUUGUAGAAGGGUCCCAACUUGAAACAUCCCUAUCCAUGUUCUCCAGCGAUGCUGCCUGACCCCUUGAGUUACUCCAGCACUUUUUUUUAAUUUUACAAGCCAAAUGGAAACCAUAUAACGGUUAAUUUCUGUUAUAGAUUUCCUGUUACACUUUUAAUGCUUUAUAUUAUUUCACUGCUCCAUUUGUCUUGACAUUGUAAUAACCAAUUGUUUGCUUUACUUUGUAUUUGUAGUGCUAGAGUGCAAUUAAUGGACCAUCUUAUGUUAUUGUAAUAAUCAUGGGAAUUAGUGGAAGAAAAAUCAUAAAUGUGAUUCUAUUUCAAUCGACUGGAAACAUUUCAGAAAAUGGCAAUGGCAUCAGAGUUAUUACUAGCUUAAAUGUUUACCUGCUAAAGUAUUAUGUUAACAUGUAUGGAUCAUUUCAGAAAACCUAAUAUAGGAUAUUUUCGCACACUUGAGCAUUAAAUUGAAUUUGAUAGAUGCUUGAUUCCCUAAAGAUGCAUAAAUUGUACAGAAUACAAAUGUUUGCUGCACUAAAUACUGCUUCAUGUUAUUGUGGAUCUGAAUGGUAAACUUUUUGUAUUAGCACCUUUCCUGGAUGACAAACUUGUGCAUUAAUAUGCAGCAUCUUAUCUUUAUGCCUUAAUCUAAAUUACCUUAACUGAUUUAUGUAUACUCAAUAAAGGCGUUUUAAUAACA